AUUAAGGCAGAGUCCCGCCUCUCGGUGAAGAAACGGACCAAUCAGGCGCGGGAGUACUUCCGCCCGCUGGCUGUGGCAGGACGCGGAGUAAACACGGCGCCUCCGUGCUGGAGGGAUUUCACUUUCCUGCAGGAAGAGGAACUCCACACGAACCCCAAGUGCUUAUUUGAUUUCAGAACGGAUAAAUGAGCAGUUUUUCACUGGGAGCAGUUUGUUGGAAAGCCAGUGUUGGAGCAGAGUGAGUGGAAAACUGCAGGACGUCUUUAUGUGCGCCAAUUAGUCCAUGGCAUAACCCCGGGUCUUCAGCUUCCUCCUGGGGAAGUGGCUGUCCAAUCCCUUGCCUGAUUAGAGUGACACCCCACAGGAAGUGGGCGUUUCGCCGUGCUAACCGUGACCAUGCCAGCCCUCGCUACAGGACCGGGCCCUGACACAGGUCUGUAUGAGCUGUUGUCAGUGUUGCCGUCUCAGCUCCAGAUGUAUGUAAAGAGCGCAGAAGAUCGCUCUUUUCUCCACGCCAUGUUCAGCGCCCGGAGCCUGCACUCACUCGUCAAGAUCCAUGAGAAGUUACAGCACUAUGAGGAAAGGUGUCCUGCUCCUGUACUGGACAGCGCUGGUGCUCUUGCUCAAGGAGUGUCUGAGGAGCUUCAGACGAAGCCUCUGAGUGCAGACAUCACUGAGCUACUGAAGCUGCUGUCGAAGCCUCACGUGAAGAGUUUGUUGUCGGUUCAUGACACAGUAGCUCAGAAGAGUUAUGAUCCCGAGCUUCCUCCUCUUCCAGACGACAUCGACGAUGAUGAGGAUUCAGUCAAGAUCAUUCGACUCGUCAAGAAUAAAGAGCCUCUAGGGGCCACCAUUAAAAAAGAUGAAAAAACCAGAGCCAUCACCAUCGCUCGCAUCAUGAAGGGAGGAGCAGCAGACAGAAGUGGGCUGAUCCACGUGGGAGAUGAGCUGAAGGAGGUCAAUGGCAUCCCAGUGGAGGGCAAGAAACCAGAGGACAUCAUUCAGAUUCUGUCCCAGUCCGAGGGUGCCAUUACAUUUAAAGUCGUACCGGGUCCAGAGACAGAAGGUCCAGCCAAUGAGCACAAGAUGUACGUGAAGGCUCUGUUUGAUUAUGACCCGGAGGAGGACAAGGCGAUUCCCUGUAAGGAGGCAGGUAUGGCCUUUAAGAAGGGCGAUGUGCUGCGGGUCAUGUCUCAGGAGGAUGCUACAUGGUGGCAGGCCAAAAUCGAGGGCGGAGCCAACCCUCGCGCCGGACUCAUCCCCUCCAAACACUUCCAGGAGAGGAGGUUUGCUCUCCGACAGCAGUUGUCCAACACCCAGCCUCAGAAGGUCUCUCGGAAACCAUCUGGUUUACGGAGGAGCUUCCGUCUCAGCAAAAGAGGAAAAAAGACGAACAAGUCCAUGUACGAGUGUAAAAAGAGCGAGCAGUACGACACCGCUGAUGUGCCCACUUAUGAAGAAGUGGCUCCGUACUGCAGAGCUCAUGGAGCCAAGCACAGACUCGUCGUCCUGGUCGGUCCUACAGGCGUGGGUUUGAAUGAGCUGAAGAGGAAGCUGUUAAUAUCUGACCCACAGCAUUUCAGCGUUACCAUCCCUCACACGUCUCGAGCGAAGAGGAAUCAGGAGAGUGAUGGUGUGGAGUAUCACUUCAUCUCUAAACACCUGUUUGAAGCAGACAUCCACAACAACAAAUUUAUUGAAUAUGGUGAGUAUAAGGGAAAUUACUACGGGACGAGCCUGGACUCAAUCCGGUCAGUGAUGGCCAAAAACAAGGUGUGCCUUCUGGAUGUGCAGCCUCAUUCUCUGAAGCACCUUCGCACGGCCGAGUUUAAGCCCUACGUGGUGUUGGUGAAGCCUCCCUCCAUCGAGCGUCUGAGAGAGACCAGGAAGAAUGCUAAAAUGAUCUUGGGGAAAGGAGACAAGGACUCGUCCAAACCCUUAACGGAUGAAGACUUCCAGGAGAUGAUCAGCGCCGCCCAGCUGAUGGAGAAUCAGUACAGUCAUGUGUUCGACCUGGUGAUUGUGAACGACGACCUGGAGUCUGCAUUCAGCGAGCUCAAACAGGCUCUGAGGAAGGUGGAGACGGAGACGCACUGGGUUCCAGUCAGCUGGACACACUCCUGAGGGAACGCCAUGCACCAGUACAGAGGACAGAAAAUAAACCUGGGACGGCACAUUUAAAAAUAAAGAAGAGAAGGAAGACGAAGGGGAAGAAGUUUUGCGAAGCAUGACUGCUGACCGAGCUUUCAUUUAGCCUAAAUCUGGUGACGAGGAGGGCUGGGGGGGGCGGCCUGCGGGGAUUUUAACAGCUCUCUGACACUUUUAUGGGCUCCUGCGACACUAAAAGAAGGAAUUUUAGGUUUGUUUUUGUGUGUACUUGGUCAGCAUGGCUGGAUUCGGAACGAAGUGUCUAAUUACUCUCAAAAUGUCGUUAAACAUGGGACCGUUUAGCGGCAGCUGUCGAAGUGUGUGUUUACUUGACAGCCAGUCAGGCGGUUGGGUAGAGUGUGAUUUUAACUUUAAUUUAUGAACACCAAAGGGAUGAGUGUUUUUUUUAUUUUUUGUUUAUUCUGUGGGCUGACUACAUUUUUGUGAUUUUGGGAAGUCUUAACUCGUGAUUCUUUUUUAAACAACACAACACCGAAAAACGAGCUCCUCUUAUGUUAUUAUAUUUAACUAGGAAAGUAAUAUAUUUUAAUAAUUUUCUGGGAUUUGUGUACUUUUUAUAAACAAAAGUAAUAUCUUGACUUUUCUAGAGCAGCGGUCUCGGAGAAACUUCAGCUAAGGGCUGAGGUUCUCGUCAGGAUCAGGCAGAUAUUCUAGACAGCACGCGGGUGAUGGUUUUAUAUUUAUAAAUAUCACGUAAUUCUGCUUUCAGUCUUUUUUUCUCUUUCUUUUGAGACAUUUACAGGAAGAGUAACAGCUUUACUCUCAUUACAGGUACGCUAUCUACACGUCAUUAAACCGUAAAACUGGCCCAGGCUUCCUCUUUUCCUUUAAUUCCCAAAAACACAUAUAUUUUUAUAUUUUAAUUUCCCACUCAUAUACACAACUUUGGCUUAAUAAAAAGUAAAAGUGAUAUUCAGCCACAACAUUUGCAUUUGGCAUUUAAUAAUAUAUGUGUAUAAUUAUUUAGCAUUUUAUUUCCACAUUGUUUAGGAAUAUCAUUAUUUAAAUGAUAAAUGAAUAUUCAAUCUGAAAAAUCUAAAUUUAUUUCCCCCAAAUUGCAUAAAUGUAAUCUAUUUAACUACUGUAACAUUACAUUAUAAAUAUUAUAAACAUCAUAUAAAAAUUUAAUUUGAUUUAAAAAAAAAAAAAGCCAUAAAAACAGCUUUACACAUUUACCCUCAUUAAAGAUGCUAACAUCUAUGAAUAUACAUGAGUAUGCAAAUUAGAAACUCCUCCUGUCCUCCUGCCAUCGCAGCUAGUCUAAUAUCUCUAACAUUAGCUAACUUAGCUAGAAUGCUAGUAUAUUAGUUCGCAUUUAAGUUGGAUUUCAAGACAAGUCUUAAUUUGCAUCAUCAUGUACUGAUAUAUUAACUUUAGCUAGCUAGCCUCGGUUGCAGUUACUUCUGCUAAAAGUUUGCAGGUACUGGAACUUUAACCAAAUCAGUUUUAUACAGAAGUACUGAGAUUUUAGGGAGAAAAAAAACCCCAAACACUCGUUUAUUUAAUCAGAAACAGCUUUCAAAAAUACUGUUAAAAACUUUUGAGUUAAGGAAUAAUUUAAAUGCUAAUUUAAAGAAAUAAUAUUACAAACAUUACAAAUACAUUUGUAAAGAAAUUUCUUUAAAAAAAAGCCUAGAAACAGAACUACAUGUUUACCUUCAUUAAAAAUUCAACAAUCUAAAAUAUACAUAAACAACGUUAAUAUGUAAAUUUUGUCCUUGUAUGUCCUCCUGCUAUGCCAGCUAGCCUCAUUUCACUAACAUUAGCUAGAAUGCUAGUUAACUAGCUCGCAUUUAAGUUGACUUUCAGUCACCAUUUGCAUAAUUUUCAUUAAUUUAACAGCAGCCAAACUUGUCAGAAAUAUAGUGUUAUCAUAACCAUAAUAACUGAUUUUGUUCACCAAGAUUAUCUCGCUAGCCUCGCAUGAAGUUUCUGCAGCUGAAAUAUUAUUAAUGAAUUAAUGAUAUUAUAUAUAUUGUUAGUAUAUUAUUAUAUAAUAUAUUAUUAUAAAUAUGAAUUUAAAGUAACAUUGAACUCAAAACUUAAAAUAUUACUUUCAAAGCCAUGUAGAUGUAAAACACUAGAUUGUUUUGUGCCUUUUACAAAAGCUUUACUUUUUUUAAAUGGUAAUUCUCGUUGAUAAACAUCAGCUCAACGUUACUUACGCACUAUGACCCUCCGAAAUCAUGCUCCUCUCCCCUCUCCAGCCCUCAGUAACAACCUUAAAAUUUGUAUUUAAGGUUAUAAUCAUGUCUCCAUAUUUGUCAAUGUAUGCUGGAUAUCAGCAUUAAUGCACUGCCUCUUGUCCAAUCAGAUCACUCGACUGGGAUUCUUUGGGUUUCCUAAACUCAAUUUCACGUAAGAUGAGAUGUAGACAUACACGUGUAGCAGCAAAGACAGCAAAAUAAUACGAGUUAGCUUAAAAACGGAUUUAUAGCUAUAAACCAGGCAAACGAUUCACAGAGAUGAUUCACUUUAUGCUAGGAUCAAAUUCUCGUUCACAUUUACACUAGUCUCAGCCUCAGACGGUCCCACAGAGCAUAUGAUGCUUAUUAUUGUACACUUUUCUGGCUGCAAGCUUCAGGAUCUCUGAUCGGCUCUCUGCAUUCUUAUGUAUAUGUGCAAACUUUCGAAUGUGAAGGUUUUUGAAGCAAGUUUUU